CUAAAGCUGGAAUUUGCCAUUAAAAAAGAAACCAUUUCAAAUAAUUGAAACCAUUAUCGUAGCAAAUUGUAGACUGCUGAAAGUUAACUUUUUGUUUGGACUCAUUCGAGUGACAAAAACGAUUCAAAGCCCUAAUUUUUUCAAUUUCUAUUUGCCUAUUUGGAGAUUUCCUCAUCAAUUGUUGCCUUUCAAUCAGAAAUAGAUUUAUAAACUUUUGUAUUUUAGGGUUUUUUUCUUGCUUAAUUCCAUUUUAUUUGCUGAGAAUGGCUACCAAAAGAGAAGAAGAGAGGAAUGAGAAGAUUAUUAGGGGUCUCAUGAAGCUUCCACCUAAUCGAUGUUGCAUCAAUUGCAAUAAUUUGGGUCCUCAAUAUGUGUGUACUACCUUUUGGACAUUUGUAUGCAUGAUAUGUAGUGGAAUACAUCGUGAGUUUACACAUCGUGUGAAGUCGGUUUCUAUGUCAAAAUUCACCUCUCAAGAAGUUGAAGCACUUCAAAAUGGGGGUAAUCAGCGAGCAAGGGAAAUAUAUUUGAAGAAUUGGGAUCUUCAUAGACAGCGACAGCCAAACAGUAGUAAUGUUGACAAGAUCCGAGAGUUCAUUAAGGCUGUCUAUAUAGAUCGUAAAUAUGCUGCUGGGAACAAUUCUGAGAAGCCUCCCAGGGACAUGCAGAGCCAAAUGAACGUUGGAGAUGAGACCAGGCGAGCCAGUUCAUAUCACUCUUUCUCUCAAAGUCCGCCUUAUGAUUUUCAGUAUGAAGACCGGCUAAAGAGAAAGCCCAUUGGUUCCCUUACUAGAAAGGCUGCAAGUUUUAUAUACAGUCCUGGUCGUUUUAGUGAGCAUUUUUACGAGGACAGAUUCGCCAAUGAAGGUUCCAGCUCACGUGUUUCUGACUAUUCCAUGUCAAGUGGUGGUGAUCCAUUCAAGUCUGGUCAGCAGUCCCCAAAUCUUCAGAAAGAUGAUGGAUUUUCAAGUCCUAACUCUGAUUCCUCGAGAGAAAUAAUUGAUGGUCUUCAUCGACAGACAUCAAGCACAUAUACUGAAACUUAUGCAAAGAGAGACAUUGACAAAGCUCCCUUGCCACGCCCACAGAGGACUGUGUCUUCAGGUAGUGUUGGAUCAUAUGAGAAGAACUCUGUAUCUCUUCAGUCAACAGGUUCUGGUACUUUAUUCGAAGUUGAGCCCAAUCACUCAAAUGCCACCUCUCAAAAUAAAGUCUCUACCAUUCCUUCAACAUCACAGUUGCGUGCUGAAAAUUUUGGUGGAUUGGAUCUUUUUGAGGAAGCACCGACAGUGUCAGCAUCAAAUUCCGUUUCGGGGUGUGAUUUUUUUCAAGCACCAAAAGAUGGAUUUGUUGCAUCGACGGAUUUAUUUCAAUCAGCUGCAGAUUCUUCUGUUGUGAAUCAAAAUUUUCCACAAGCCUUUUAUUCCUCAUCUUCAGCUUUUCUUUCUCAUUCAUCUCAGAAUCCACCUUGUCAGGAGUCAAACCAAAAGGUGUCGGAGCCAUCAGAACCAAUCAUUAAUGAGGGGUGGGCUACAUUUGAUUUGCCUAAGCCCAGUCCAGUUAGUACUGUUACCUUAAGCACUGCUGGAUCAGGAGCUGGAUCCAAGGCUGGGAUUUCCUUAGCAUUUCCAAAUUCUGUUUCCCCCUCAAAUGAUGGGUUGCAUUGGCCGAACUUUUAUAGUUCUAAUGUUCGAUCACCUCCCUCUUUGGUGUCGGAUCCAUGGAAUGAAGGCGCACAGAAUGUUUAUGAUCCUUCCAACGUGCCAAGUAGUCAGAUGUGGAAGGCCUUUGAAGACGCCAAUGAACAAGGCAUAAACUUGCAAGUUUCUACUGACAUUACAUCCUUAAGAAGUGAUCUGAAAACUUCCGAGGAUUCUGUUAUUGAUGGGAUUCAGAAAACAGCUUCUGUUGAAGGAUUCUCAUUUCCUAUUUUACCGUCUAAUGUUACUUCAGGAUCUUCAUUUAUUGAACCGAACCAUCCUUUCAUGAGUGAAAUAGCCAAUGUUCAAAAGAUGUCUGGUAAUCCAUUUGAUGUUCCGUUUGAUUCUGAAUUGGAACCACACAAUACGUUUUUGGACAUGAGUACGUUGCAAGCUGCACUCCCCAGCACACCUCCACCAUCCUCAUAUAUUGAUGGAAUGAAUGAGCCAUGGUUUCCACCAAAUCAUGUGCCUUCUCCUGGUGGGCUACCAUACAUGAUGGCACAAGUGCCAAGCUCUCAGCUGCAGAAUGUUCCAGCACAUGGACCUGCUGCUUCUUUCGGGGGAAACCCGUUUGCUUGACAUGUCUUAAGUCCGCUUGACAUGUUUACUUCUUUUUGUAAGUCAUAUUCUCCUGGAAGGUAGGUAAAAGAGAGCCUUUAGAUCGAUUCUCACUGUAUUGGUGUUCAAAAUCUCUACAACUUAUGACUCGUGUCUUCAUUCAGCUGGAGGGAUUCAGCUUGCAAAACGAGUUUUUGACUUCCAAUAUCAUUAUGCAAGAUUUCAGCAUGCGGGUCAUAUGAAUUUAGUUCGAGACAUGAAUUGGCAUUCUUUGUUCCGUGAUUUGCUUGUCCAGAUGUCUCGUGUUCAUCCCCACUGUAUAUAGUCAUUUGUACAGUGAAUCGUGUUGUUCUCAGAUUAAGCCAUAUGUUAUUUGAUCUAUAAUGCAUCUUUGGUAGUUUGCUUGCUUGGUUAGAACUACUAAUUUUUUGUCAUCAUGUAUUGUUGGGAGUUAUUGUUGAUUUGUUGCAAACCCAUUUUAUGAGAAGCCAAUCGUAGUUAAACUUCUUCUUUUUCAACUUUUGAGUAUUAAUGUGAUGUGAAGUAUAAUGUAUUUUUCAUUAUAGCUUAUGCACGAGUAAUGUUGAAGUUGUAAUUCAGUUCAUUUGAAGUGCUCAUUUGAGCGUAGUUCCAUUUCAAUAUUUGAUUAGCUACGCUUGUGAGGGAUCAGACGCCUUAAAACAAGAAAUUUAUAUUCUUAUUUUCUCUUUAAUUUGUAUUAAUUGGACUAUUUAAUCCAUAUAUUUAAUACGUCUCUCGGAGAGAUCAUCUCUCACGAACAUUUGUGAUAUUUAAUUCAAAGAACAAGUCAAAUGAUCUCAUAUCUUUAGUGUAUUAGCACAAAGAAACAUGAAGGAAUGAAAAUUUUUAAACAAUGCCCAACUUUAAUUCCUAA